AUGAAGACGAGAAUGAAUAGUGUUGCCGAAAGGGGUUUUGAGACACUGGUCAUGGCGUUGAGUGGCUCUGGUCCUGCAACUACUCCUCUAGGUGAAACAGCAACAAGGUCUGGACAAGAUGAAGUUGGGCUUAGGCCAGGAACCAUUAUACGCAUCUGA